AUGCCAAACGACCCAGCAAAAAGGCCAGGGAAGCCAGCUGUUGAAGCCAGCAACCACCUUAUCUUCGAUCCCUGGCAAUCAGCUUCGACGGGCCACCAGAUCGCUGACCCGGGCUGCACAACCCAUGGUGUUGAUUGGAGGAAUACGCGCUCCACAAAGCUAUCCCAACAAUAUAAACAUGGAGAUUGCAUACGGGGACGGGGACAAACGCAGCUCCCAAGGGAUGCAACGUCCACAGAGCCGACGCUCGUGCCGGGUGCAUUCAAUGGCCAGACACAAACAGAAUCUCCACCGAGAACUAGUGGAGAGUGGGCUUGGGUGACGGAUGAUGUAGCGAAAAGAAACCAAGCUGGCCUUCGCGAUAUCCGCAGUUUUAUGGGUGUUGGCAAGAGAAAGGCUGCUGAUGAGCCUCGGGAGGUCAAGAUGGAUAAAAAGGCGCGGUACAUUGAGAAAGAGAACCAGACUCAAGACCAAAGGCAGAAGGUGGACAGCCUCAAGCCGGACUCUGAGUCUGGCUCUUGUACUGGUGAGUCCAACCUCACUUUAAAGGCCAAAUCGAACAUCUUCGCCGGAGUCAGGAUCUACAUCAACGGAUCGACACUUCCCCACAUCUCCGACCACAAGUUGAAGCAGCUGCUCACUGCCCACGGCGCCAAUUAUGCCAUCUACAUGGCUCGAAAGACGGUUACCCACGUUCUGGUGGGCCAGCCCAACGCCGUAGGCUCUGGUGCUGGAGGUGGUCUUUCUGCAAGCAAACUCCAACAAGAGAUUGCGCGCGGUGGGUGGAAAGGUGUGAAGGUCGUUAGUGUUCACUGGGCCCUUGAGAGUAUCAAAGCAGGUUGUCGACUUGCUGAGUCUCGGUUUCCUGGUAUGCAUGUUGCGGCGAAGGGGCAGCGAAGUGUUGCUGGCAUGUUUGGGGCUCAGGCUAAGUCCGGUCAGUCCGGGGCGAAGAAGUGA